GGAUUGAACAUACCCCACCGAAUAAAUUGAAAGAUUGUGUACGUGUUUUUUUUUUGUUGUGCAUUUGACGUGUAAGUUUGAUUCGUGUUCAAGUAUAUUAGGUUUAACAGAUUGUAGGAUUUUACGGGUAAAAAAUUGUAGUUUAUUUACGUAAAUUUACAAUAUAAAUACCAUAAUGAAUACAAAAUUUGCGAUGCCGUUUAAAUUUCUCUUGAUUGUCAUAUUUUUAAAUAUUUGCAAUGCUCAAAGAGUUGUGCCUGGUGUAAAUCCGCAACACUACCAACAAGUUCCCGUGCAACAACAGCAGCAAUAUCAACAACAACAUCCGCCUCCACAACAAUAUCAACAACAACAACAAGUGCAUCAUGCACCUGGUGUAGCGCCGCAACAUUACCAACAACAAAAUGUGCAAUAUCAGCAAGUGCCUGCACAACAACAACAGCAACAAGUACCGGUACAACAGCAACAUCAACAACAACAACAACAUCCACCAGCACCGCAAGUUCAACAACAAGUUCAUCCAGGACAACAACAACAUCAUGGACAUCAUCCGCCCCAGCAAGUUCUGAAUGCUGCAAACAUUGAACAUGAAAGGGCGCAUAUCCAAGAGCAUAUGCAGGUCCCAAUUGAUACAAGUAAAAUGUCGGAGGCUGAAUUACAAUUUCAUUAUUUCAAAAUGCAUGAUUCCGAUAAUAAUAAUAAAUUAGAUGGCUGUGAAUUAAUAAAAUCACUUAUUCACUGGCAUGAACAAGGCAGCAAAGAACAACAUACUGAUGCCCAAAAACCACACAUUGAAGAAAAGAUUUUCUCUGAUGAGGAAUUAGUUGCUCUAAUUGAUCCCAUUUUACAAAUGGAUGAUACAUCACGUGAUGGUUUUAUUGAUUAUCCAGAAUUUAUAAAAGCUCAACAAAAAGCAGCAACAAAACAGCAACAACAACAGCAGCAACAACAGCAAAACUAACAAGACGCGUAAACAUUAAAAAUCGCUAAAGAUUUCCAAUUGAUCUUGUUUAAUUUCAUCUUGUUUUCUUUUCAUCUCAUCAGAUAGAUUUGCGUCCUUGUUUCCUUAAAGGCAUAUGUUUUUUUUUUUAAAUUGUGUUAUUAAAAUAAUAAAAUUAUUUAAAUUUUGUUAAAACGUGAAGUCAUUCCAUUUAAGUAACAAAAAAUCUUCCAAAUUCGAACAAAUUUAUAAUUAAAAUUUUUAAAAAUUUACAAAAUUACAUGUUUUAAUUGAAGGCGCUUUUAAGUGCACAAAAAUAUAACUUUAAACUCGAAUCUCGAUUUAAUUAUAAAACAUGACAUUGAUUG